CCCUGUGAGAGUGGAUGAGCGCUCACCAACAUAGUGUUUAUAUACUGACUGCGAGAGACGGGAAACUCUGGUCCGCACAUCAUCAGGACAAGGCUUUCCGGUUGUGGGAUAAGAAUGCCCGCGAUAAUAAGCAAAAAUUCCGACCUGGAGUUUGACUCCUUACAACCAUGUUUCUACCCGGACGAGGAUGACUUCUACUUCUGUGGUCCCGACUCUGCGCCACCGGGGGAGGACAUCUGGAAGAAAUUCGAGUUGUUACCCACUCCGCCCCUCUCCCCUAGCCGGGCCGCGCUACCGGGCGACCCGGCCAGCGCUGCGUCCGCGGACGCAGACGCCAGGGCCAUGGGUUUUGGAUUAGGCGACCCUCUGGACUGGGCUUCGGAGCUGCUGCUCAUGCCCGACAACGACAUUUGGGGGGCGUCCGACGGGGACCUGUUCGGCUCCGCCAUGGAUAGUAACCCCGACAACAUCAUCAUCCAGGACUGUAUGUGGAGCGGAUUCUCCGCCAGGGAAAAGCUGGAGCGUGUGGUGACCGAGAAGCUGGGCAGAGCCAUGAGCGGCACGGCCAGCGUCUCCGCCACCCCUGGACUUAUCAGCCGGCCUGUCAGCGUCAAGAUGCCCGUGGAGUUGAGCAGCUCUGUGUCAGAGUGCGUGGACCCCACCAUAGUCUUCCCUUUCCCCGUGAACAAGAAGAGCAACAGCAGCAGAGAUCCCACCGGGACGGUACCGGCGGCAACGGACCACCAAAGCCCCCUUAGUGACUCUGAAGACGAUGAUGACGAUGAUGAUGACGAUGACGAAGAUGACGAGGAUGAGGACGACGAAGACGACGAAGACGAGGACGAGGAGGAGAUCGACGUGGUCACCGUGGAGAAGCGGCGCUGCCACUCCUCCCUGAGCGGCAGCAAAGGGUCUCCCAUGGCGACGGGCAGCGCCACCAUCUCCGUGCGUCACAAGGCAGGCGGUUCCGCGUCCGGCUCAGGCUCCGCCGCCGGCUGCAACGGGUGGUCGUCGGGCCACGCCCCCCAGGAGCAGCUGAUCCUCAAGCGCAGCUCGGUGCACCAGCAGCAGCACAACUACGCGGCGCCCUCGCCGUACGCCUCCGACGACGACCCCUGCCCGCCCUCCAAGAAGCAGAAGCAGACCUCCGACGGGGGCCCGCCCCGCACCGUCGCCAGGACGAUAUCCUCCUCCUCCUCCUGGUCCUCCUCCUCCUCCUCCUCGGCAUCCUGUGGCCCCGCCCGCUCCAAACGGAGCGGCGGCGGUGGCGGCGGUAGCGGCAGCGGCGGCGACAGCAGCCCGCACGGCGGGGGCUGCGGCUCGGACUCAGAGGACAGCGAGCGCCGGCGCAACCACAACAUCCUGGAGCGCCAGCGCCGCAACGACCUGCGCUCCAGCUUCCUGGCGCUGCGCGACCACGUGCCCGAGCUGGCGCACAACGAGAAGGCGGCCAAGGUGCUGAUCCUGAAGAAGGCCACCGAGUACGUGUGCUCGCUGGAGGACGAGGAGGCCCGGCUGCGGCAGGAGCGUGACAAGCUGCAGGCGCGCCGGCAGCAGCUAGCCCGGCGGCUGGAGCAGGCCAGGACACGCUAGCCGCCGCGCCGGCAGGCUAACUCGCUAACACACACACACACAAACAUACAUAUGUAUCCCAGACGCUUCCACCGCAGAGACAAUAGCCUGCCCGACACACAGAGCAUGGACAAUGACCCUCACCACCACCACCACCACCACCACCACCACCACCAGCACCAGCACCACCACCACCACCCACUCCACACACACACACACAGACAAAUGUUGAUCUUCCGUAACCUUUGAAAGACAAUGUCUCGUUGCACACUCGCGUACAAACACACACCAACACACAGACUCACGCUCAAGCCUGUAUGCAUACAUAGGGCCUGCCACCCACAUUACCCCACCCCCCCACCCAAACCCCGCCCCCUGUUGCACCUGUACCUGCGCACACAAUCACAGACCUCCAAUGAAGAGGCUAGAUGCUACACACACACACACAAACAGACGCACACACACUAGCACGCACACACCCAAGCGACUGAAAACACAGAGGGUA